UAUGUUGGGUGCAUGUGCAGCUGGAGAAUGCACCGUCAUUAGCACACAUAUGGGGCUUGGCAAUAAUGAAUGUGUUCGUGCGUGGGAAGGGGACACUUAUGUCUUUUGCUUGUUAAAGUAAUAAUAACAAUCAGUGGGUCAUUCGCGCCUGCUGUUGGUGUUUGGCAGUGGUGACGGACCCACUGCUGCGUCUCGGCUCGCUAGUCAUUCACACGUUUGCCGUCCAUAUCAGCGAAAGUGCACCCGUGACUUGUUUUUGCCAAUAUUCCGCGUCCUUCAGAAGCUGCUGUCAACCUGUCCAAAUCUGAAGCGUAGACGCGGUCAUCUGGGACGGUCGCGGCGGCCUCUGCUCUGUGAUGGGGUCAAGUAAAACAGUCUCGCUCUUCCUUUGAGCUGCAGCUGCGUCACUGUAAAGUGAUUUGAUUUUGCUGUUGUAUCAUCUCAUUUGCUUGGCGGACUGCAAGUCAAGAGAAAAGAGCUGCCGUCGUCUUGCGAAACAAGUGGUGGAAGAGAACAACAAUGGAUCCUCCGAAGCCAAUGAUUGAAAUUAGGGUGGAACUUGUCUCGGACAGUCAUGAAGAUGUGCCCUAUGCAGACGGAAGUGAGAACAGCGACAACUCUGGAGAAGAGGCUGCUGACAAGGUUGCUGAGGAUGGAAUCACUAGGAGUGCUCCAGAGCCUGGGGCUCUCACUGCUAAAUUCAAGAGGAGGAAUUCUAUUUCACUGCCCGCUGGACUGGACAACCUGGCCGCUGUACCCGAGGAAAGGUUAUUUACUAAAAUGGGAAAAUUGAAAGGCGGCAAUGAAAACUCUUCGCCGGAUAGCAAAAAGGUCAAUUUUGAUGCCAUCGAGGUGGCCACAGAAAAAGGAAAGGAGGGCGAGGAAGUUUCAGACCGAGAUUCAAACUCCAGUGCAGACGAUGACGGCUCAUACACUUCAUCAGAAGAUGAUGGCAUUGCAGCCAAAGUGCCACUGCGCAGUGCAAGGAAGAAGUCUGUGAUGCCACUUCCAAAGCUGCGGUUAAAUGAUAGCGAGCUGCCUGAUGAGUUUGACGAGAGAGGUUUUGGAGGCAUGGACUCGCCAGCCAACUCAGUGACCAGUAUUAAUAGUUUGUCUAGUCUCUUAAAAGAAAAAUUAGUGAUGACGUUCCCCGGUGUACUGAGGCGGAAAAGGCCAAGAGAGUACAAACUCAAGGCGUUUGUGUGCAUUCUGUUUUUGUGUAUCGUUUUUCUGGUCGGUUUCGCCUACAUUUUUUACCAUCAGCAAGUACUGCAGAGGGCUUAUUUCGAGAGGAUAAGAUUUAACAAGGACGAGCGCCAAAUGAAAGUUUACAGUGCAGAUGGGCACGAAGUGAUUUCUGGCGAACUGGGAGUUGGACUCGGUGGCCAUUCAUAUCCUUGCUUGGCCAAAGACAACCCUGGCAACGGCUCGGUGUGUCUCGAGUGGAUGCGUUACGCGCGCUUGGUGAUGCGCUACGAAUUGUUUGAUGACGAAGAUGUCCGUUGCUAUCACAUCAAGUGGCAGGCUCUUUCGCACCAUCACCACCCCACUGACUGUUUCGACUGGAGUCUUGGCAAGGGUCACUGGUAUGGAGGGGGCUUGGCUGCUGGCGGCGCUUGGCCCCUUGAAGAUGGCCACAUCAGGAUGGCACCCUUUGUCACAGGAACUAUACCUGAACACGCGUGGGCAAACGUCUUGCAGAGAUACUUCUUGAAUUCCAAAGGAGUGGCCCUUAUCAUCAACAACGAGAGUCCGCUCUAUGUGGAUUCGACCAACGACAAAAAAAUUUGCAUCAAAGCUCGGCACGAUGAUUUUGCCUAUGUGUACCACAAAACAGACAUGCCUCUGCUGAACUACUCCAUCUGUACAGCACCUGACGUGAAGCAGCUGCAUUCCUUUUUGGCCGAGACGUCUCUGUGGGAUGGAAUUAAGGAGACUGAUUUGCAAGCAAUCAACUCCCUACUUGUGGAGCCAGUUUGGCAGAUUUCCGCCAACAGCCCUGACCAGCUGACAGAAGAGGACGUGGCAAAUAUUACUGAAGAAGUGGUUUCUUUCGGAUACCCAGCAGGUUCGGUUUUGAUCGACGAGUUCUGGCAGUCAAGUGUGGGUGACUUGGCUCUUGAUGAAACUCGGUUUCCCACCUUCAAAGACACAGUCGACAUCAUACACAGACGUGGAUUUAGGAUAAUCCUCACGGUGCAGCCAUUUAUUAGUACAGAGUCGGUUUGCUUUUAUGAGGCUGUCCGAGAGGGCCUGCUUGUGAAUGAAAGAGGCGGAGAAAUCCCUGCACUCACCAGAUACAAAAACGUGUUGAGCGCUGGCGUUUUAGACAUCACUAAGAAUCACUCAUCAAUCUGGAUCCAACAAAAACUCAAGUCCUUGCAACAAAACUAUGGAGUUGACGCAUUCUACUUGGACCUUGGAAGCACCCACGACAUGCCCCGUUACUAUCAAUUUGACCGCCAACUCACAAACCCCGACGAAUACAAAACGCUAUUUACGUCACGAGUUGCCCAAAGCGUUCCUUUGUUUGGAGUAUCGGGCGCAGUGAAGCGUCCGCAGCCACCAACCUUUGUGUCUCUUCCACCUUUCGCCUCGGAUUGGCGCUCCCUCAAGCUCAUAAUUCCUGCCGUUCUUACAUAUGGGAUAGUUGGCUAUCCCUUCUUACUGACGGGACCUAUUGGUGGUGGCUGUGAGAUUACCUCGAACCUGCCAGACCGAGAACUGUACAUCAGAUGGAUGCAGCUAGCCACCUUUUUGCCUACAAUGAGCUUUCAACACCUUCCUAGCAGAUACGACCCUGAGAUUGAGAAAAUUGCUAAAGGAUUGCUUGAGUUGAGGCAGGCAGUGGUGAAUCCACUGUUGUUAAAAUCUGUUGAUGAAGCCCUGAACAAUGGAAUUCCUUUUGCUCGACCUCUUUGGAUGUUAGAGCCUCUGGGACAAGCAGCCCAGACCGUCGACGACGAGUUUUCAAUCAGUGACCAGAUAAUCGUCGCACCAGUGUUGCAACAAAAUUCUGAAGAGCGCGAGAUAUACUUGCCAAAUGGAGUAUGGAAAGAUGGCAUUGAUGGAAGUUUGAGGAAGGGUAACAGGUGGAUUCAUCAUUACAAAGUGCCUUUGGACAAAGUGGCGUAUUUUGUGCGAAUGCCAAACAACACAAGAUUUUAAUACAAGCAGAGUGUCUGCGUUGUGAAAUAAUUGUAAAUACUAUACCUCUAGACGACACUCUAUCUUUGUAAUUAAUAUGAAAAGCUGCGCAAUGAACGGUCUUUGUUUACAAAUAAAAAUUAAAUUUAAUGGUUAAAAUCUUUAAAA